AUGGAGCUCACAAUAAAGUAUGGCAGGGAGACGCUUGCGGUUUCGCUGCCGCCCGACAGCAGCGUGGCAGAACUGCAGGAGGAGCUGGAGAAGCUGACGGGGUUGAUGGUGCGCAAGCAGAAGGUCAUGGUGGCAGGCAAGGUGAUCAGCGGGCGGAGCGGCAGCCUGGCGGCUGCAGGGGUCAAGCCCGGCGCCAAGCUGAUGCUGCUAGCCGGGGCGGGGGCGCCCAGCCAGGGGCAGGCUGCACUGGAUGCGGCGCGGCAGGGCCGCCAGCAGGCAUUGGAACGAGGGCGGCAGCAGCUGGCAGAGCGAGCCGCGCAAAAGGGCAUCGCGGUGGCCGCGGCGUCGGCAGGGCACCCGUCUGCCGCCAGCAUGGCGCAGCGUGCCGAAGCGUGGAGCAAGACGGGCAUCGCCGCUCUGCGUGACCUCAAGCUGGCGCAGCUGCCGGCAGAGCUGUUCAGCAGCAGCGUGGCGGCGCGUGUGCGGGUUCUGGAUGUCGGCGGCAACGCGUUGACCGCGCUACCGCCGGCCAUCAGCCAGCUGACGGCCCUGCAGCGCCUCCGCCUGUCGAUCAACCAGCUGGGCGACGAGGGCGGGCCCUGGCAGCUGCUGACGGGGCUGACGCAGCUGGUUGUGCUUGCAGCAGACGACAACCGCCUCACGGCGCUGCCAGCCUGCAUCGCAGGGCUGGCACGCCUGCAGAAGCUCAGCCUGGCCGGCAACCAAAUAGCCAGCCUGCCGGACGGCAUCGGCUGCCUGCAGCAGCUGCGCACCCUGGGCCUGCGCGGCAACCGGCCGGCGGCGCUGCCGCCGGCGCUGGGCGGCUGCAGCCAGCUGGUGGAGCUCGAUGUGCGGGACAACCAGCUGGGUGUGCUGCCACCCGAGCUGGGCCAGCUGUCAAGCCUGAAGCUGCUACUGCUGGACAACAAUAGGCUGCGCGCCGUGCCGCCAGAGGUGCUGACGGGCUGCGCAGCGCUGGCCACGCUGUCGCUGCACGGCAACCCGGUGACCGCCGAGGAGCUGCGGGAGAUGCCUGGGUGGCGGCAGUUUGACGAGCGGCGGCGCUCCAAGUACGACAAGCAGGUGGACAUGAAGGUGCUGAGCGGCGGGUUUGACGAAGGUGCCGACAUCAACGAGUUUGAGCACUGGAACAGCUAG